AUGAGUCAACAGCUGCCGCUAAACCGUGUGCUAAUCCAACGGACGGUUGAAUACCAUGGAAAACCAUUACAGAAAAUAUGGGAAUCCGAGCUUCAGCCGAACGAGCUGUACAAGCUACUCGGUAUCGACAAUGGGUUGGAUUUUGCCGUUUACAACGCGCGACAGAAACACUUUACUCUUCAGGAACGGGCCAAACGCUUAAAACUGCAACAGUUCAUAGUGCGAAAUGCGAACUCGCUGUACAGAUAUUAUCCACCCGCUUCCGGGGAGCCGGAACGUGAUUACAAACAAAGUAAUCUUUUUGCCCUACCACCAUUGGAUGCUUACUUGGAUACGGAUGCGGCUGGAAGCGCAAUUCAACUGCUGGAGACCGUACAACCAGGUGAUGUAGUGUAUGGCUCAAUCACAAUGUUCAAGCAUUUUGCCGGAGUUCUGUUUAGACCAAUGUUUAUAGUUGGCAGUGUAACAUCUUACGUACGAAACAAAUCUAUUAAGGGUACUAUAGCGAAAAAUGAACUCAUCUAUCCAGCCCACCGUCCUUCCAAAGGAUUUUUUCCAAAUGAUCUGAUCUGUUGCGAGGUGAUCGAUGUCGCACCGGACGUUCGGCGCCUUAAUUGUUCGAUGAAACGCACCCCCGACAGUCGGGCACCGGAAACGAUUGCGUACGGGCUGCUUACCAAGGAGGAUCUACCGGAGCUUUACAACCUAACUUCGCAGCGGAUUGGCCAAAGUUACGGGGAGUUUUUGGAAAAAUCGCCAUCCUUUAAUGAUCCAUCGUGCAUCGAGCAGUUGUAUGAAUCGGUUGGACUAAGCAGUAGCGAAUACUGUACGAAUAUGUCCAGUUUAAAGGGGCGAUAUCCAUCACAGGAGUAUGCCGCAGAACUGCGAAACUCGCAAAACAGCAAAUGGGCAUUUAGAUCGGUUGCUCAAGGAAUUGAGCAUUUCAAGGAAGGGCGCCACGCGGAAGCCUUCCAAUGUCUCAACAAAGCGUUGAGUAUGGAUCCACGCAAUGUCGAAGGAUUGGUGGCACGUGGUGCACUGUAUGCCAACAGUGGAUCCUUUAAAAAGGCGGUCGAAGACUUUGAAGCGGCACUCAAACUGAAUCCUUCGCAUGCAAACGCGCGUAAGUACAUGGGCGAAACGUUGGUGGCGCUGGGCCGUAGCUACGAGGAAGAAAAUCGCUUCGAAGAAGCAAAGAAAGCGUACCAGGACUGCCUGAACAUUAUACCGCACCAUGAGGAGGCACAGAAUUCGCUCGAAUUUUUGAAAUCGAAACCAUUCACCGGCAAACAGAUUGUCGAACCGACUGAAUUGGAAAUUCCAACAUUAAAUAUUGUAAAACCAUCGUCCAGCGAUCGCAAAAAACAGGAACCGGACACAUCUGGUGUUGAUGGGAGCGGUUUGUACGGUGGCGGUAGCAGCAAGCGAGAUAACAACGAUGGCUCGCGCAAGGAUCGUAAGAAAGAGAGCAAAAAGGAACGCAAAAAGCGGCAUAAGAAGCACCAUAGCAGCUCGAGUGACUCCAGCUCUGCUAGCUCGGAUAGUAGCGAUUCAAGCAGUGACUCGAGCAGCAGCAGUAGCAGCGCAUCAUCGACCAGUUCCGAUACAUCCAGCUCGCGCACCAAAAAGCGCAAACGCUCGAAGAACGAUAAGAAACCGAAAUCCGUAUCGCCUCUGGGCAAACGGAUGACUUCCGGUGGGCGUAGCGGUCCAGCACCAGGCGAACUUGUCGGUUACCCGAUCGGAGGUCAGGGCAGCAUGUUUGGGCACGGUUCCGGUCACGGCCAAUCGGGAAUGGAUGAUUAUGAACAAAAGGUGCGCAAGUUUUUAGAAAUGCCCCGGGACGAAGAGAACUACGAGGAAAAGGUUCGUAGAUUUGUCGCCGAGGCAAACAAGUACCAGAAGGAGCGCAAACAGAUGGAAGACAAAUCGAAGAAAAAGAAGAAGAAGGACGAGAAAAAGGCAAAGAAGGAAAGUAAGAAGAAGCGCAAGUCGGAUGAAAAGAAGAAAUCGAAGAAAAAGGACAAGAGUGGUGGCGACGAUGAUGGGCCUUCGGGCAAGGAUAAACUACGUGAAGCUUUGAAGAUUUUUGAAAAUUUCCCUGUCCUGGAUGAACUUGGCUCGAAACUAUCGGUCGGUGGAUCGGUUGCAGAAGCUCUGUCCGCCCUUCUUGGUGCCGGGUCCGGCAAUAAUAGUGGAGGUGCCGGAACCUCUAGAGCUAAACCAACUGAUUUGUUAGACAUCGAUCGAGGAGCAGCGGCUAGUGUGGACGAAAGCGGCAAGGAUGGCAAAUGGCGCAUGAUGUUUAACAAGGACAAACGUCCUACGAAAGAAGCGGUCCCAAUGACCGCCACACUGACAGCGGGGAUCGGACAGCAUCCGUUCAGCAAUGAAUCGGAUGAAGAUUCGCUUGGUGGCAGCAGCGCACCACCACCACCGUAUGGUACGGUUCCUAAAACACAACAGCAUACUGACCGCGGUUCUGGACGAUUCAGCAGCCGUUACGAUGAUCGCAGUGGAGCAUCAGAUAAGGGAAAAUCCACGACCACUGCAUCGCAGAUGCCACCGGUUAAGUCUGGCCCGGUGGUGCUGGACAAGUUCGGUAACUUCCGCCUAGCAACGGCCGAUACCCCAUCCACCGCUGGCUCGAAACCGCCCGAACCGACGGCUGCGCCACCGAUGCGCCGAUCACGCAGUAAAUCGCGCACCCGAACAUAUGGCAGUUCGCGGUCACGUUCGCGAUCUCGCAGCGAGCGUCGCCGGUCGCGGUCGGGCAGUUUCCGGCGACGGUUCAGUCGAUCACGGUCGCGAUCGUUCAGUCGAUCGCGCUCUGGCAGUUAUUCACGCAGCCGGUCGCGAUCACGUAGCUUCGAACGUCGUCGCUUUGAUCGUCGAAUUUACCGUGGUGGUCGGGGUGGUGGUGGUGGCGGUGGAGGUUACGGCGGUGAUCGUAUGGGUCCGUUUGGCGGCAAUCGGUUCAAUAAUUCACGUGGCCAUUACAGACGGGGAGGUUUCCGCGAUUUCAGGGACAACCGUUUCGUGGGAAAUCGCGGUGGCGGCGGAAUCGGUGGUGGUCGUGAUCGACCCCCGUUCCGGCCACGAUACCGUGGACGGUUCCAGCGGUCGUACAGUCGCAGCAUGAGCAAAUCACCCGAUCGUCGACCAGUAAGCCCUAGCGAUGAUCGUUCGCGCCAUCACAACCGACGCGGAGAUAGCCGUGACCGUGGAACGGCGGGCCAACAUCAGCGGGGUGGAGAUAGCCGGGAGCGCUCUUCACCGCCUGGCCGGCGUGGCAGUAGUCGGGGAGACAGUCGCGAUAAUCAGCGUGACCGUGAUGGAAGUCGCGAUCAUCAUCGACGAUCUGAGGGACGCGAUUCGUCCAAGCGAUCGAAGGAGGAUCUAAACUCAUCUGCUGUCAGUGGUGCUGCCGCUGCAGCCGACACUGCAAACAACAGUUCGCCGGAAACAGCCCGUGCCGACAAAGCGCGGCAACGCCGCUCAUCUUCAGCCGGCAGCCAGCGUUCUAGUGGAUCGACCAAAAUUCCACAUGACAUUGAAGGACGCUGGGCCGACGAUCGUACGAACGAAGGCGAUCAAAAGAAGACACGGCGGCACGACGCAGCAGACGAUUCCGCGAUGGAAGAGGCCAGCACGCACUCGAACAAUGCUGCGGCAUCCUCGACAGCUGUCACGGACGAUGUUUCGCUGGAGGAACUAGAGAAAAUGCUCUCUAAAGCACGCAAGGAACGUAAAGAGGAAAUGUUGGAGCGCAACAAAGACUUGCUCAAAAAAACUGGUGGGUAUUAA